AAAUUGAUGAAGCAGUAAUUGAUUUAUUUCCAGAAACAUUAUUGGCUUCACACACAUUUGAAAUAUAUAAAUUUUGUGUAAGUCAAAUUGAAGAUGCUAUUAGAAAACAAAUACAUGAAUCAAAAAUCAAAAAAACAACUGGACAAACUAGUAAUAAUACAAAAAAGGGUAAAAAACCAGGGAAUAGAUUUAAUAAUAUGUAG